AUGUCUGCAAGAGGUUUUCCUCCAAGAGGAUCCACCCUUCGAUUCAACAUCUUCAAGAUGUAUACCUCAAUGAAGAAGAUCCAAAAGGACAACAAGGAUGCAGAACCCACUGAGUUCGAGCAGAGUGUUGCUCAGGCAUUGUUUGACUUGGAAAACACCCACCAAGAGCUCAAGAGUGACUUGAAGGACUUGUACAUCAACUCUGCAAAUCAAAUUGAUGUUGGAAACAAAAAGGCUGUUGUGAUCCAUGUCCCCUACAGAUUAAGAAAACCAUUCCGCAAGAUCCACACUAAGCUUGUUAGAGAACUCGAAAAGAAGUUCAGUGGAAAGGAUGUUGUUGUGAUUGCAACCAGAAGGAUUGUUAGGCCACCAAAGAAAGGCUCAGCAGCCACCAGACCUCGUUCACGCACCCUGACAGCUGUCCAUGAUGCCAUGCUGGAAGAUGUGGUGCACCCUGCUGAGAUAGUUGGGAAACGUGUUAGAUAUAGGCUCGAUGGAUCCAAAAUCAUCAAGAUUUAUUUGGAUCCAAAAGCUCGUAAUGACACUGAGUACAAGUUGGAGACAUUCAGUGGAGUUUACAGGAAGCUUUCUGGGAAAGAUGUUGUGUUUGAGUACCCAAUUACAGAAGCUUGAAAUGUGUUUGGAGGGUUUUGAGUUGGUUGAAUUAUAUUUUAUGUUGAAAAUUUUGACUUGAAAAGUAUAUCAUCAGUUGUUCUUUGGUGUUAGUUAAAUUGACGUUUGCUUCUUUUAUUGGGGCAUGAUUGUAGUUGGAUUAGGAAUAUGGGUAUUAAAGCAAUUGCUUCUAGAAGUUAUCUUGAUUUUGUCUUUUGGAUUUUUAUGACUAUUUUUGCUAAAAUGACCAUUAAAGUUGGAACGAUUUUCUGUUAAAAAGACCUUGCCAGAUCAUCUGCUGAUUUUGUAAGCGUUUUAUGUAUAACAUUUAUGUCCCAUAAUUUAGCACCCAGUGACUCUAAGGAUUUAGUUUCUUGAUUAAUAGUUUAAUAUGAUCACUGAAUGAUUUAAAGACAUCAAUCACUCAGAAGGUCGAUAUUAAGGUUAGAAUGAGUGGUUGUGUGCUUGCAUGCUGGUAUCUUUUCUGUUUGCCUUCCAACUAGACAUAUAUAAUCAUGUUAACAAGGGGG